AUCACGUGACUGAUGACCGAUGCGUAUAUGUGGUUUCUUUGCUCGUAGAAAGCGUUGAUACAGCGACGUAAGGUGAGCGAGAACAAAGACGAGUGAGGAGUGCUAGAUGUUCCGACUACACGCGUGUAGAGUACGUGAAGGGUGAAUACGUCUUUGUCUAGAAAUACUAGUGGUUCUGGUCGCGUGCGUUCUUUGAUCAAAAACACGGCAUCAAGGAUCAGCGUGAAUUGCUUUGCAAUUGUGUCUGCUAUUGCUACAUUGGUUUGACUAUUUGAUGACAAUGCUAAAGGAUCUCUCACUCUAUCAAAGGAAAUACAUUAAACCCUUGCCGUUUUUUACGUCUGUUAUUCUGCUGAUGAGCAUUUUUGUGGUCUUCAUUCUGCUGUUCCAUGGUAUCGGAUAUAAAUCGUUGCAAGAAAAUCGUUAUAAGAUGGUUCGUGUUAAGUCUGUGCAAAGUCUUUCGUCAGCUAUUCCUGAAAGCAACUCCCUUUGGAACUCAGUCGGUUGUGGCAGUAAAUAUCCUUUAUUGUCAUGUCAGACGAAACAACAUAUCAAGUCUAAUCACAUCAAAUUUCAGGGUAACUUCAUUCCUGUCAACCGAUCACACUUCAAUCAUCCACUUUUGCGACAGCGUUGGAACCGUUGUGCCGUUGUGGGCUCGUCUGGACGUCUGCUGAAAACUAAGUUUGGACAAGAAAUUGAUCGUCACGACGUUAUCGUUAGAAUCAACUACCCACCAACAAGUGGAUACGAAAAACACGUGGGAUCACGUCCAACUGAUAUUCACUUUUUUGGCGACAAAGUUACAAGGUGUUUUAACGACAGCGACUCUGAGAGUAAGCUUGUGGUUUUUCCUUUUCCAUUUCCUUUUCACAAACACUAUAAAACCGUCGCCUUCGAAGUUUGUAAAGCUAACAGAGAGUUGCAGUUGUAUCCUAUUUCAAGCUACAUUUUCGACUUUGCCCGUGGGUUAGUCAAGAAAUACUCCAAAGAUCCUGCAGCUCACAGAAACGGGUUUCCGUCGUCCGGUUUUCGUGCAGUGAUAUUCUCUAUGAUGAUGUGUGCGAACGUUGAUGUCUACGGAUUUGGUUUGAGUGGAGACAAAAAUGAACCUGUUCAUUAUUACGAGAAGAGCAAAGACAGUCGUUCUUUCAAAAGAGGUCACGAUCCCGACACCGAGUUUCGUCUUUUGACUCAUUGGCCAAACUCCACAAGGCCAGACUUCUUUCCCGGUUUUGGGAAAGUGCGGGUAUUUGUCUAGUGUCGUGGACAAGCUUCGUAAUUGGUUGGAAUCGCGGACUGGUUAUGAGCUUGACCAAAAACUUAUAAAUUAAUUAAUUAAUAUUAGAUGUGCGCGUGCGCAACGACGUUGUGUCUGCUGUUCUGAGAUUUGGUUCAUGCCUAUAUACAAGGGCGUCACGUGAGUCUCAAAUGUGAGGGGCUCAUCAAUAAUGUUAAUUAAGCAUGUGACGUCAUAGACAACGCGUAACAUGUCAAAAGUUUAAAAUAUUUUAGGACUGCUUGAUUCACAAACAACCGAGAUUAAAUACAACAAUA